AUGCUUUUAAUAAGAACAAAUUGUGUUUAUAGUAAUGUUUUUAUAUCUAGAUUUUCAAAAAAAGACAUAAGAAAUACUUUUUUUUGUUUUUCUAGAUUUUAUACUUUAGUUUCAAAAAAAGAUAAGUUAAAAGAGAUUCCUAUUUUUCAAGAAUUGCCACCUCUUUUUAAAGGAAAUGCAUUAGAAAAAGUUCAACAGGCUCAAAUUCAAACAUUAGAUCCUACUCAUGAAAGGACACUUCUUUUUUCGAAAAAAUCACCAUACUCUGUUAAACCAGGUGAUAUUUUGCAAGUAGAGACAUACAAUUCACUUCCAAAUAAGACAAAUGUAUCAACUUUCUCUGGUUAUAUAAUAGCUAUUCGUAGAAAAGGCGUAGACACAAGUUUCCGUCUUCGCAAUCAAAUUAUGAAAACAGGAGUAGAAAUUCAGUUUAAUCUUUAUAGCCCAACAAUUAAAAGUAUAAAAGUAUUGCUAAGAGGGGCAUUGGGAAGAAUUCGUAGGGCAAAAUUAUAUUAUUUAAGACAACCUAAACAUAACCCUGGACCUGUUGAAAAUAUAAUAAAAAACAAAGAAAAACAGAGCAAGUCAUAUUAA